GUCACCAUGGCUAUAGAUCGUAUCUUUAGCAUGAUACUUCGUGGCUCGGAGCUAGUCUUCGCCGCCGUCAUCGCUGGAGUUAAUGGACAAUAUCUCUACAGGUCCAAGGCAUCAACGUUGUUUCUUUCUCGGUUCAUCUAUACAGAAGUCGUCGCGGGUAUAUCGAUACUGCUGGCCCUGAUAUGGCUCAUUCCAUUUUCAAGCACAUUCACACACUGGCCUGUUGAUAUCCUCAUCAGCGUGCUUUGGUGGGCGUCGUUUGGUGCCCUCGUCCAUUUCGUAGGAGAUAAUUGCGGUGCCGUCUUCGAUUGGGGAAAUGUUUCUCCUCGAGGAAAUCUUUGUGGAAAGUUCAAGACCAGCAUUGCCUUUGCUUUUCUUUCCGCCCUGAUAUGGCUCAUCUCCGCCUUUGUAGGUAUCUACUGGAUUCGCCGCCGGGAUCGUACCGCAAACCGGGUGCAGGGUCGCCAAUGGUUCCCUCGCAGAACUCGCCCAGCCGUUGUCUAAUAUCCGAAAGACAAGACCCUGCGGAUCUAUGUCUUGGUGGAUGGUGGCAGGGCAAACCUGUUUUCUUGUAUAACUCCCUUUUCAAGUUUCUUUUGAACUCCUCGGCGUUAUUUGGAACUUUUUAUUUUUAAACGAAAUGAUGAUUGGUACACGGUCAUUGGGUGCUUGGUGAAAUUCAGUGAAGCACGCUGGAUUCGCCAGAGGCAUACACAGAUGACCGAGUAUAUGAACAUUAUGGCUGCUAUUACUACUAUAGUCAGGCACAUCAUCAUAGGCUGGUCCUGGUAGAUGUAUCUGCCCAAUUACUGGUUUUUAAUAUAACACUUCUUGUUCACCUCCUCUGCCUUGUUUUUGAACAAGCGUCUUCCAUUGUGGUCAGCUACAAAGAUCUCAUCAUUUGUAAAUUUCUUGGGAACUCGUCACAAAGAGUAAUAAAUUGUUUCCUUGGGCCCCGAAAUUGUUAUUACCAGGAACAGCAGCUACUAUUAUCGUAUGGCUAUACGUUGUUCAGACCAUACUUCAUGCGUUGUGCUGAUCCUCCGUCAUCAUGAUGGCAGCGACAAAACACUAUUUGAUGCU